AUGGCAUCGUCUGUGAUAAUACUUGUGGUGUGUCUUCAUCUCAUGGGAUCACUGGUCGAGGGCCUGGAGGGCCGUAAGUCCAAGUGCGAGCGCAUCACUAUACCCAUGUGUCAGGACAUGCCCUACAACUUGACACGUAUGCCGAACCUUAUGGGCCAUAAGGACCAGUCGGAGGCCGCCAUCCAAGUCCACGAAUUCAUACCACUCGUGGAGAUCGGCUGCUCCAAGAACCUCAAGUUCUUCCUGUGCUCCCUAUACGCGCCGAUGUGUACGGAACAGAUUGAUAUACCCAUCCCCUCGUGUCAGUCCAUCUGCGAGGAGGUCAAGUCGCGGUGCCUACCGGUGCUGCGACAGUUCAACUUUAAUUGGCCCCAUAUGUUGAACUGCAGUCGACUGCCGGUGCCGAAGGACGGCCUGUGUAUGGAAGUGCCGAACAUCACCGACUCGAAGGCCCACAAACAUCACGGGUCGUCCAGUUUUUUAUCGCCAUCGCCGGCCUCAUCGCUGCCCUCAAAGCAUACGGACAUUAAGGGGAACACCGAAAGGGAGAGCAAAGACAUACUGAACUCCAUUGAGAAGAUGUAUCCCUUUUUGUUCCCUCAGCGGCGCGACGACAUGACAGCCCAGUCCUCGUACAACCCGUCCGCCAAACCGUCCAUACAUUUGGACGCCUUUGAGAUGAGCUAUCAUUUGAAUACUGAUAACUCGUACGGCGGAGGGAAUGGGAAGCCGUCGAAAAGCGGUAGCAAAUGCUUCUCAGACUUCGUGUAUAUCCCGAUCGCCGGCCAAAACUUCAACCAAAGCCAAGCCGUAUGUGCGCCGAAGUGUGGGAAAGACAUACUGUUCACCAGAAACGACAAGAACUUUGUGGAGAUCUGGAUGUGCAUCUGGGCAUCCAUAUGCUUCAUGUCGACCCUGUUCACAGUACUCACCUUCUGGAUCGACUGCCAACGGUUCCGGUAUCCCGAGAAGCCCAUCAUCUUCCUGUCGAUGUGCUUCUGCAUCUCAAGCGUGGCGUAUCUGAUCCGCAUAUACGCCGGCCCCGAGUUUGUGUCGUGCGACCGGAGCGACUCCGGCGAAGAUCACAUCACUCUCGAGGGUCUGGACAACUCGGGCUGUAUUAUAGUGUUUCUGUUGCUGUACUACUUCGGUAUGGCGGCCACCAUGUGGUGGGUGUGUCUCACCAUCACCUGGUACUUGGCGUCCGUCAAGAAGUGGGCGCACGAAGCCAUCGAAGCCAAAGCUAGUAUAUUUCAUCUGAUGUCUUGGGCCACACCGGCUAUACUGACAAUAAUUGUGCUGACAUUACGGCACGUGGACGGGGAUGAGCUGACCGGCCUGUGCUAUGUGGGCCACCACUCGCCCAACGCAUUGCUCUACUUUGUGAUAAUACCUCUCUCUGUGUUCUCGACAAUCGCUGUAUUAGUGUUGAUAAUCGGCUUCAUAUCACUCGCGCGGAACCGAUCGGACAUCCGCUUCGACGGCCACCACAACACUAAUAAGUUGGACAGACUUAUGAUGAGGAUCGGCGUGUUCACCACAAUCUACACACUCCCAGCCCUGUGUGUCAUAUGUUGCCAUAUCUAUGAGUACAUGAAGAGCAGGGAAUGGCUGGAGGCGGCGCUGGACAGGUCUCGCGUGUGUCACGACACCAACGAUGUCAACGCCUGUCGACUCGCCGACAGUAUACCACAUAAGGAGGUAUUCGUGCUGAAGAUAUUCAUGUCGCUGGUGUUGGGCAUAUCCACCGGCAUAUGGGUCUGGAGUAAUAAGACGUGGAGCUCGUGGACCCGAUUCUGUCAGUCGACGUUUGGUAGGCGCCAGCGUCGGAACUUUAAGUGCCCCCAAGUGCUCCAUAAUACCCAGUACAUUCAGGUGCAACAGCAGCACCUGACCCCCUCGUCCAGUGUCACCUCCACGGCUAUCGUGAAUGUACCGCAUAAUCAAAUUUUACGGCAACAACCGUACCAUCACUCGUACGCAUCCAUCAAAAGUCAACGCCAUUCACACCGUCCGCACCGCAAACACCGAACCAAUAACUCCAUCACUAAUGUCUAA